AUGCCACACGCAGGUGCGUCCGUGAAAUUAACAACGGAGCCUCCGCGAACGGAGGCCUUCAAGUGGAAGCCGCCUGAAAGGAUCUGGCGAGGCUUCAGGCUGCAGGGCGGGCGGGGGGCUUGCGCGGGGGUGCGGGGGCGGGGGUCGCGCACGCACUGGGCGUGGCGGGCGCGCGCCGUCGCGGGCGCAGAGCCGUCGCGGAUGCUGCGACGCGCACACCUGUCGCGACGCAGUGACAGAGCGCACGCGCAAGCGCACACGCACGCGCGUGAACCACGAGAACGCGUACGCGCCUCCGAUCCGCGCGAUAGUCCGCGUGAAAGUUCAGUGCCAGUGGUGUUUGUACACAAGCCCGCCGCCCCCCGGUCGCCAGGAUCAUCCCCAGGACGGCAGAGCCUUGACGGGGCGCUCGUUGGUUGGGGAGACGUCACGCGAAGCUUCCACGAGGGUCUGUUUAAAAUUUGGAGGUAUGCAUGUCGACGUGAGCAAACAACGGUCGGGCCGCUGGUGCUCCCGUCUGGCACAAGUGUCUCGUAUUUGCUCACCACAAACAGCGCUCCCGGUGCGGCCAUACGGGCACGCGAGACGGAUAAUUCUCAAAACAUCACGACAAAUAUUGUCAUGUCGCACAAACUAAUGAUGCUCCUGCUUUGCGACGAUCUUCUGUUAGGCUUCCCCGACCGAGCCAAUGGCUCAUCCGGGGUCAAUAAAAAAAGCGAAGUUCGAACAGGGUGGCCGCGCCAAAACGGUUCGGGCUCGGCGAAACCAAUACGCAUUGUUGCGGGGCAAUUGGACCGGAACGAGCGCAGGGGACGGCGGCUGACGUCGACCGGACGGGGCCCCAAGGCGGUACCGAUAUGCAGUCCAGACGUUGCACAAUUCGAAGCGCACGCUGCGCGGCUCUCGGCCGUUCUGAUAACGAGA